AUGGCGACAAACGAGGGUGAUAAUGUUCCUGUCAAACGGGGCAAUGUUGACGCAAAUGGACAAGACGACACGAAGGCUAAGAAGGACGAGACAUUGGAAGAGAAGCAUGUGAGGCUACUUAAAAAGGUGAGUCAAAUUUUUGAUUUGGCAAAACGAAGUGUGCAAAGGAUGAAGGAAAAAUUGAGUGAGGGGCAUGGAAGCAUAGAUGUAGAUGGUUUAGAAGAGAUAGAUGAUGAUGGAAUUGAAGAUUUACCUGAACAUAGGGAGGAAGGGGGAGAUAGUGAGGAUGACGUUGUUGGAGAAAUUGACAAAGGGAAAAGAGUAUUGGUUAUGGAUGAGGAUGAGGAUAAAAGUGAGGAAGGGGGAGAUAGUGAGGAUGAAGAAGAUUCUGAUAGCGAGGAUUCAAAUUAUGUUGGAAAUAGUGCCAGCUCUGACACUGAGGAGAGUUUGGUGGAUGAUUUUGAAGUAUCUGAAAAUAGUGAAGAGGAAGAUGAGGAUAUGGGCCUUAAUGAAGAUUGUGAGCCUCCAGAUGAAAGCGUUGGGCUUAGCGUGUUAGAGGGCUUGGGAGACCGGCCUUUCUUUAUGUGA